AUGGAAAAUGGAUUCGUGAUGCGUAAAUACCAAUUCUUUGCUGAUGCUCAUAGGACAAUAUGUGAGCGUAUUUGCGAAUACAAUAUGUCUCCAAAAGACAUAACUUUUGAUGCAGUCCAAAAGUUAUUUAGCGAGGUGGAAGAUGAAAACAAUUUAGAUACUUUGCGUGGUAUUAUGCAGAAUAAUAUGAUCGUUACAGAUCAGGUUAUGUGCGAUAGACUUAAUGUUAUCAGAUUCACCGAAGAUAUGAAUACAUCUAAAAAUAAAGGUUAUUUUUCGUUUUACAUAAGGAGCUGGAAAGUUGCACGAAUCACCUUAGAAACAAUCAUAAACGAAUUCAGUCUAGAAGGUGUUUAUGAAUCCGUUAUACUCAACUGGAUAUCUCAAGUAGGUCUAUUCGAUCAAGAUUAUUAUUAUCUUCGUUACAUAGGUGAAUGCAAAUACCCAUCAAAUCCUUUAAAGAGAUCUAGAGAAGAUAUACACUCGAGAUAUAACGGAUUUCUUGGCAAUCUGCUUAAAAAAAUAGAAAACCUUGCAAAUGUUCCUAAGCCCGAAUUCAACUUGUAUUCAUUAAAGAGCGAAGCAACUUUAUGGAACAAUGAUGGUAAUCUUGCCUCCUUCGAAUAUGCUGAUACACAAGAGCAAAUGUUUAUUGCAGUCUUUGGUCUGGAAAAUCUUCUAAACAGUCAGCCAGGCGGUUACAAUGCAAGAUACCUACCAGAAAGAGAGCAGUUUGACAUUUUCUUAAAUACAACCAAAACAAAUUUUUUUCAAAAGUACAAUAGAUCCUUCGAUACAAACAACCCUUCUGUCACAAUGACUGACAUACAAAAUUGGAUUGAUUAUAUCGUCUGCAAGAGAAACUCCUUUAAAGGGUUUGAGAACAAUCAAAGUCGAGGCCUUACCUUUACUCCUGCCUAUAUUGAAACAGUUAGGCGAUCAGCAACUCCAACCGGAUCAAUCUUCGGGUUUAAUCUUUUAUGCUUGAUUGGUGAUGACAUUCCGUCUACAAGUUUUUAUAACGCAACUCCGAUUCUUGACCCUAAUUCUAGUCGAUCAGGUUAUCUCUUGUGUGAUAUGAUUUCUAGGCUACAAGCUUGGGAAAUAGGAAAUUACAAUGAUUACAACGUAGAGGAUGCGACCCGGUAUAUAGGGAAAAUACCGUUUAUCAAUUUAAUUCCCUGGUUGGAGAACAACAAGGCAACUAUCAGUGAGGGAAUCAGUCAAACAUCUAUGUAUUUGCGUUUGACCAAUCCAAUUAUUGCGAUAACGUUUUCAAGACAAGUUGUCUCGGCCUCAUUUACAAACUUCGUCCACCAAGACGGAUUGAGUUCCAGAACUAGUUUGGUGGAUAUCGUUGGAAUACCUAGACUAUGCUCUUAUGCAAGCAGUGAUUAUGUUUAUGACGGCUCCGAUGUUGAUGGCCCCCCUCCUGGUUUUGAGAUUAUUGUAAUUCCUCAUUUUGAUCCAGGAGUUGACAAACAUACAACAAGAGCAGCAAAUGGAGCAAGACGUGUUAUUGACGUUGUUUGGAAAAUUACGUUGGCUAUUCUUGAGAUAGCACACGAUCUGAUAGUUGCAAAUCCAAAUACCCUGAGAAGUAAUAUUGUCCGGCAAGUAUAUGAGUAUUGUAAUAAAGACUCUUCCAAUAAGCCGCCAAUACUCCAAUAUUUAUACAACGAGCUCAAUACAGUGGUUGCAACAUACAAGUCAAAAGAAAGGGAGGCCCGUGAAGAAUAUCCUCAGGCUGAGUUACUUCCCGAAGCCUUGAUAGCAUAUAGAACUAAAAGUGCACUUACACGCACGGAGAAUUCUGAAAAAGCUCUUGGCCAAGCUAAUAGCAUGGAAAGAAAAAACCAGGUUCUAAUGUUGUGGAAAAAAAACUUGAGAAGUUUACAUGUUGGGCAUUCCAGAAGUGAUAAGGCUCAAUGGAUAGAAUGGGCAUUAACAAGAGACAUUGGUAUCAAUUUUUAUUUGGCAUCUCUUUCCAUAAUUAGUCAAAGACCCACAAGUCAAGGAUUCAGCCCAAACAUAAUUUCCAAGUUUAAUCAAUAUAAACCGAGCCAUAUCUCUCUUGAGGAAGUGUUACAAGACCCAGAAUUACAAUUGGUUUGCUUUCGUAACUGGUCAAAAUACUGUAUUGGUAAACGACAGCCAAAUUCUAGCAACUACAGUAGCGAGCUCCAACGUGCACGUGGAAAACGUUCGGCUGAGACGGCUUUGGAAAGAAAAGGAAUGGAGUGUAAAAAAACAAUCCAUGGAUCUAAAGUGACUAUUAAUAGCAGAGGGUUUAUCACUUUCUGGAUUGAUGAUGAAGGUGCUUCGAAACGCCUAAAGCUUAAAUAUCCAUACGAAAGAAAUAUGGUCCAAGAACGAAAUAUCAGGGUUACAACAGAGGGAUUAGACUUAGAAGCGGACAACCAAGCAACAAUAUAUUUGAGUUUGAACCAUAUUAAAUCUAGUGAAAAUGGCCAAAUUUUGUACCGGAUGUGGCAAUUAGAAGCUAGUUCUUUAUAUCCUAAUAUUCCGACUCCAACAAUUGAAACAGACAUAAUAAUGCAAGGAAGACCAGUACCGAAAUAUAAGGAAAACAUUUACACGGAUAUCAACGAAGGCGACGCAUUAUAUAUUCUUCGUGACUAUUUGAAUAAUUUGCCUGGAAGAGUUUCUGUUGUAUCUAUGGCUUAUAAGGAGAAUCAGUGCGAUAGAUAUAUUGAAAAAAUAGGGCUAUUUCGAGAUAAUGUUGACUUUUUCUUGCCUUCAUUUGCAACUUACCUGGAUUCUCGCUUCCGCCAACAUCCGUACUACGAUUAUUUUGCUGAAAUGUUGAAUAACAUGGAAAAGCCUGUUUCACGAGUCAGAAAAGAUAUUUUGGAGACACUCAAUAAGUUAAAGCAAUUAAGUGACAGCUCAACAAUGAGUGAAGUACGAAAACUAAUUUUUCGUCCUCCAAACGAGAACCCAGUUACUGUAUUUGGUCUUUUUUUAAGAUAA